UCUCUGUGGAGCUCCGUGCGGGGGCAUCUGCUAGGAGAACAGAGUCCAAGGGAGAGAGCAGCUCAGAGCCAUGAACCUCAUCCUGGAGCUUCUCUUGCUGGUGGGCAUCAUCAUCUACUCCUACCUGGAGUCACUGGUAAAGUUCUUCAUUCCCCAGAGAAGAAAGUCUGUGGCCGGACAGACUGUUCUCAUCACAGGAGCUGGACACGGAAUAGGCAGGCUGACGGCUUAUGAAUUUGCAAAGCAGAAAAGCAGAUUGGUCCUGUGGGAUAUUAGUAAGCACGGUGUUGAGGAAACCGCAGCCAAAUGCAGGAAACUGGGGGCUGUCGUGCACGUGUUUGUGGUGGACUGCAGCAACCGGGCAGAGAUUUACAAGUCUGUGGAUCAGGUAAAGAAAGAAGUUGGUGACAUAGAGAUUGUGGUAAACAACGCUGGGGCAAUUUAUCCAGCCGACCUUCUUAGCACCAAGGAUGAGGAGAUCACCAAGACCUUCGAGGUCAACAUCCUAGGACAUUUUUGGAUCAUAAAAGCACUCCUUCCAUCGAUGCUGAGAAGAAACUCUGGCCACAUUGUCACAGUGGCUUCAGUGUGUGGCCACAGAGUGAUUCCUUAUCUCAUCCCAUAUUGCUCCAGCAAGUUCGCUGCUGUGGGCUUCCACAGAGCACUGACUGCAGAACUGGACACCUUGGGGAAAACCGGUAUCAAAACCUCCUGUCUCUGCCCUGUGUUCGUGAAUACUGGCUUCACCAAAAACCCAAGUACCAGGUUAUGGCCUGUGUUAGAGCCGGAUGAAGUUGCAAGGAGUCUGAUCGAUGGGAUACUUACCAACAAGAAAAUGAUCUUCGUUCCGUCCUAUAUCAAUAUCUCUCUAAUAGUGGAAAUGUUUUUUCCUGAACGUGUCUUAAAAGCUAUAAACCGUAUACAGAAUAUUCAGUUUGAAGCGAUUGUGGGCCACAGAACCAAGAGGAAGUAACAUCUUGCGUGCAGAGACGUGUGGACGCCAAUGACGCGAAGCCAAGUUUAGAGCGGACGCGAGGCUUUCUUUCGCCCGUUUUAGAAGUGUUCCUUGUGUUUAAAAUGUAGGUUUGGCCCUAGUAGCCAUCGAGCAAACGAGAGUGGUCAACUGUCCUUCUGGUUUCUUAUACUUAAACUCUCAGCCCCUGGUAUUGGGUUCUGGAAAUGGAGCUGUAGUAAGACAAUGCCUGUCGCACAGCCGAGUGAAAAGUCAUUUGGUGUGUUUUUACUAAACAGAAAUGUGGGAGAAAGGGUAAGACAAUAAAAUCUUGGACAAAUGCUG